CAAGUUUGACCAACAUGGCGACCAGAGCUGAAUCUCACCUUAAGCAAGAGGAGGGAGAGAAUGGGCGGAGAGAGCAGGGUUCUCCUCGUGCCUAUAAGUGCGGCGAGUGUGGCAAGGAGUUUCGUUACCUAAGUUAUCUGAAGCAGCACAUGCGGACUCACACUGGUGAGAAACCUUACCGAUGUGAGGAAUGUAACAAAUGCUUUAGUUUCCUGGGUAGUCUGAAGAGACACGAGCGGACUCACUCAGGUGAGAAAUCGUACAGGUGUGAGGAAUGUGGCAGGUGUUUUCUUCAGCUAUGGGAUCUAAAGAGGCACGUUCGAACUCACACUGGUGAGAAACCGUACAGGUGUAAAGAGUGCAGCAAGCAGUUCAGUGAGUUGGGUAAUCUGAAGAGACACUUGCGGACCCACGCGGGCGAGAAACCCUACAGGUGUGAGGAGUGCAGCGGACAGUUCAGUGAGUUGGGUAGUCUGAAAGAGCACGUGCGGACUCACACUGGUGAAAAACCGUACAGAUGUGAGGAGUGCGAUCGGUCGUUUAGAACACUGUCAGGUCUAAAGAGACACAAGCGGACACACACUGGUGAGAAACCGUACAGGUGUGAGGAUUGCGGCCGGCCGUUUAGUACAAUUUCAAAUCUAAAGAUACAUAUGCGGACUCACACUGGUGAGAAACACUACAGAUGUGAGGAGUGCAGCAAACAGUUUAGUCAGAUGGCAAAUCUAAAGAGACACAUGCGAACUCACACUGGUGAGAAACCGUACAGAUGUGAGAAGUGCAGUCGGCAGUUCAGUGACCUGGGUAAUCUGAAGAGACACGUGCCGACUCACGGGUAAGAAACGUGAAAAAUGUGACAGGCAGUUCAGCGAGUUGGGUUACCUGAAGGAAAACAUUGGUGAGAAACCGCACAGUUGUAAGGAGGUGUGAGGAGCGCGGAAAGCAGUUUGGUAGACUGACAGAUCUAAGGCGAUACAUGCACAUCCGCACUGGUGAGAAACCAUAUUGGUGUGAGGAGUGCAGCAUGUAGCUCAGUGUCAGUAAGGUGUCAGCUCUAACGACACACAUGCGGACUCACAACCGCACACGUGUGAAAAAUGCAACAAGGCUUUAGCCACUCAUGUAGUCUGAGAGCUCACAUGCAAACACAUGCCCCUCAAUUUGAAAACCUAACAGUGUCUGUGCAAAGGUUACUUGGUAUGUAAAGGGUUAGUAGCACAUUUUGUAGGGAUUUGAACUUAGCUGGUCGUUUUAAAUGUCAAUUAUGUUUAAUAACACUGCGGUAUUGUUUUACCAAUGAAUGUGACCACUUAUUUCAUGUUUUUCUUUGUUCUAAACGCGUAUUUCUACCUGACUCCACCGUAAGAUUAAGAAUAACGCUUUAUAUUAUCAUCAUUGCGUUAUCCAUAGCCUGUUGAUUAGAACUAAAAGUAACUAAAAAUGUGAUUAUGGAGUGAUUAGACAAUAGUUACACCGGACAAUAGUUAUCUAAUUGAUAACCCAAGUACAUGUAGUUUUCCUGUUUUAGUAGCUGUAAAUAUACUAGAAUCUUUAGCGUCUAGUUAUAGUUCCAGCAUGAUAGUUAUUAAUGCAUCGAAAUGUUGUUUGUUUUCCAAGUGUUUUGUAAGCCACGUGUAGCUGUUAUAGACUUGUCAACUUUUGCAUCUCAGUUUCAAAAAUAAAGCGCGUCAUGUGCCUUAUUUCUUAUGCGCUCUACCCUUUUCCUAAGGACGUUGAUUUCUCCUAUGCAAAUCAGCACACGUAACAUGGUGCGUUCACCAUCUUGAUCAAGUUGUCCUGUUUUUCUAAUAAAUAAGGGUGUUGCCUGCUAUUUAACUUAUUUUAGAUUUUUUAUUUGUUUGGACUAUAGAGGGUGAAAAGUUAUUUUUUUCUACUCAAUGGAUUUUUUAAUACUAGUAUAUUAAUUUGAACACGUUAGCUUACAGCCUAUAAGACAUUUAUUCUGAAAUGGAUGUUGUUCAGUCUUCAAGCAUUUAUCGACUCUAAAUUUUAAUUCUUGGUCAGACGCGCCAGACAAAAUCUCUCCAAAGUCGUUGUUCAACCAUCUGACAUGUUUUGUAUUGUGUGCAAAAUAGGUUAGAGCUACAAGGCAUUGAUCGUAUUCAUGGUUGGUCGUCGACUUGAUUGAGGAAUUUACUAACAGCUUUAAAGCUAGGUGUUUGAUACAUUUUCAAACUCCUAUAAUGGCCAUUUAUGGACCUUUCGUUGAAUAAGAUUUAACAGUUUGCCGACACGCAACAGCCCCUAUUGUAUGCAGACAAUCGUCUCUUUGAUCUCAGUUUCAACAAUAAAAUGUGUUCCCUGUCCCCAUGCUCGUUACCCUGUAGACCAGUGUGUAACAUAUAUCUCGUAACUAGUCAUCAUCAUCAUAUUCAUGAUAAUCUGGCUAUUUGAAUCAGUAUCAACCAGGUUUAACGCACAAACCCAACUAUAAAUUUCUGUAAACCAAAACCGAUACAUGUAACUGACAUGUUUAGGUGCAUUUGUCAGUACAAUAAGGCACCAUAUAAAUUUUGUGAGC